ACACAGCGAUGCGCAGAACGCUGCCGCCCGCUCUACGGGCAGCCCUGCGCCCAACGCCAACCUUUCGCAGCAGACCAUGCCGUCUCACGCCUUCGAAACGAACCCUCAUAUCCGCCGCCUCGAUCCAGUUCGGACAGCCAUUGCACGAGACACAUCCACAUCUCAUCGAAGCUGGUGAUCUCACACCCGGAAUUUCUGCUCUAGAAUACCACCAUCGAAGAGCUGCGCUUGCGAGAAAGCUGCCGAAGAAUAGUGUCGCGGUGCUGGCUGCUUCGGAAGUGAAGUAUCGAUCUGGAGCGGUGUUCUACGAGUUCCGGCAGGACUCGAACUUCUUCUACUUGACGGGUUUCAAUGAACCCAAUGCUGUUGCGAUAAUAGCAAAAGGCACCUCCGACGUCGAAUACACCUUCCACCUCUACGUCCGCCCAAAGGACGCCUACGCCGAACUCUGGGAUGGCGCGCGCUCAGGCGUCCAAGCCGCUCAAGAUGUCUUCAACGCUGAUGAAGCCGGCGACAUCGAUUCAAUCUCUCGAAUACUACCCUCGAUCCUCUCAAGCGCCUCACAAAUAUACACCGACAUCGGCCACAACUCCUCCCGCAAAUCCGCCUUCGAACGCUUCCUCCACCCCAACACCAACGAUACCCCAACUGCAUUUGCGAAAUACUCACCCAAACCACUCCGUCCUCUCAUCAACGACCUUCGCCUCACCAAAUCCACAGUUGAACUCCAAAACAUGCGUAUCGCAGGCCAGCGCUCCGGCGAAGUCCUCACAUCUGCUAUGAAAUCCCUCCCAGACUCCGAAUCCCAGCUCUGGGCCAACAUAACCCACGGCUUCAAAUCCGCCGGGCUUGCCGGAGAAGCCUACGUUCCCGUCGUCGCCGGCGGCGGUAACGCUCUCAGCAUUCACUACACCCGCAACGACGCCCUCCUUACAUCAGGCGAAGUCGUGCUCGUAGACGCGGGAGGCGAGUAUGGCGGGUACAUCACGGACAUCACACGUACUUGGCCUGUGUGUGGGAGGUUCACGGACGCGCAGAGAGAUAUGUACGCUAUGAUCCUGUCCGUGCAGAAGCAUUGUAUAGCCCUCUGUCGCGAGGACGCGGCGAUGUCGCUGGACAGCAUCCACUCCACCUGCGAAUCCGGGCUCCGGGACGGGUUGAAGGCGCUAGGCUUCGAUGUGCGAGGCGAUACGCUGCAGAAACUAUUUCCGCAUCAUGUAGGCCAUCACGUCGGGUUGGAUGUUCAUGAUGCGCCGGGAUAUUCGAGGACGGAGGUGUUGAAGGAGGGAAUGUGUAUUACGAUCGAACCGGGAGUGUACGUUCCGAACGAGCAGAGGUGGCCGGAGAAGUUCAGAGGGUUAGGCAUCAGGAUCGAGGAUUCGGUUGUUGUUGGGAAGGGUGAGGUGGAAGUUCUGACCGGGACGGCGGUGAAGGAGCUUGGAGAGGUGGAGUGGGGAAAGUAGGGUUGUGUAUAGGUGGAGGGGUUUGGGAUU